CCGGCCUGCUGUUGUCCCGUGGUCCGCUAUAACUUAUAAGAAGCGAACCUAUAAACGCGGCUACUCGAUUAUCCAGAUUCAUUGAACGGUGCAAAAUUUACUGGUUUUAACAUGGACAACGAGAGCGAUCAGGAGAAUACGAUCGAGGACGAUUAUUACACCUUUCUAAAUAUCCCGAGAAACGCUAGUCCUGAAGAUAUCAGCAAUGCAUAUCGCAGACAAAGUAGACUCUAUCAUCCUGAUAAACAUACAGAUCCAACGCUUAAAAAGGAAGCAGAAAUUCUCUUCAAUCGUACCAAAAAAGCGUAUGAAGUAUUGAGCGAUCCACAUCAGAGAGCGAUUUAUGAUUCACUGGGAAUACGUGGAUUAGAAACAGAGGGAUGGGAAAUUGUACAGCGCACAAAGACACCUCAGGAGAUUCGGGAGGAAUACGAGAGAUUGGCCAGGGAGAGAGAAGAGAGACGUUUGCAACAGCGUACGAAUCCUAAAGGCACUGUAACGGUAAACAUCAAUGCUACCGAUCUUUUCAGUAAAUACGACGAGGAUUACAUCGAUAGCAGUGGGUUUUUCUCAUGCGUUGAAGUUAGUGGGAUGUCAUUUGCGCAGUCUAUCGAAGCGCCUCUUACGUUGAAAGACACGGUAACUAUGUCCGGACAACUUGGUACUCAAAAUGGUACGGGUUCCGGGUCGAUUAAUAUCUCGGCGAAACGAUUAAUAUCUUCAAAAGGUUGGGUAGAAGCCGAGAUUGGAGCUGGUAACGGCCCGACGUUUUCACUCAAAGGAUUUCGUACGUUGACGAAAAGAUUAUUCUGUGAUGCAGCAACAAUAGUGCAAUUUACAUCACACGGCAUAAAAACUGGUUGCGUGGGAACUCUUGCAAUGCAAUUGGACAAGCAUACAGUAGGAUACCUCACAUAUAGAAAUGGUAUACAGGAUGCUAUGAGCACUAUGAUUGUGAGAGACACAUCCCGAUCGUACAUUGCAUUCUCCAUACAUUUUGGACUUCUACAUUCUUUCAUCAGCCUUAAUUACACCUAUAAGAUGCAAGAGAAAGAACUCAGGCUUCGUAGUAGUAUCAAAGCUGGCACUUUCGGCGGGUUUCUCGAAUACGGUGUGGAAAAAAAGGUCUCUCAACACAGCUCGGUCUCGGCAGCUGUACGCGUCGGUGUGCCAACUGGCGUCACGUUAAAACUUAAACUGAGUCGUGCCUCGCAGGCAUACACGUUCCCUAUCCAUUUGUGUGACGAGGUUCUUCCAGCUCCUGUUUUCUAUGCCACUGUGGUUCCAAUUGUAACAUGGACAGUUAUUAAAAAACUCAUAAUCGAUCCGGUAGUAAAAGAGCGAAAAGAGCGCGAGAAGGAGAAGCAGAAGGAGAUGUACAAAUCCAGAAUAUUAGAGAAGCAAAGAGAAGCCAAAGCUGCCAUUGAACUGAUGAAGGAAACUGUCAGCAGGAUAAGAGCCGAGGAGGAAUCUAAGAAAGGAUUAAUUAUUACCAAAGCGCUAUACGGCCGAUUUGUCUAUCCUCAACAAGAUAGAUCUAAUUUGGAAGAAAGUGGACAUAGAGACGAAAUGAUAGAUGUGACGAUUCCUUUACAAUGUUUAGUCAAAGAUUCCAAAUUGAUUCUUCAUAAAGCAUCUAAGAGUCAACUACCUGGAUUCUAUGAUCCAUGUGUGGGAGAAGAUAAACAACUUUUGGUACAGUAUCUUUUCCACACACAAACACAUGAAUGUGUCAUACGAGACGAUGUUUCUCUUAGGAUACCAGUUUCAUCGCAUAAAGUGAACACUACCUGACGUAUACGGUCGAUGUUAAAAACAAAACGCAGUCGCCGCAAACCUCAUCUGUGAUCGGCAUAUUACUGCAGUGUAGACUGGUUAACUCUUAGAGAUUUAAUUUUACAUAGAUGAUGAAAAAUACCUAGUGUUCGUUGAUCUUCAUCGUUUAUAUAUUAGUAUUGUCUUCUCUCAGUAAAAUAUUUAAUUAUUUGAAAAUAGUCAUGUAAUUCAAAAUGUGAAAGAAUCGUCUUAGAAGACGUACAUACACAUUUUGUUGUACUGUGUUAAAAAAGACACGUAUUAAAUGAGAUCGUGUUUUUUUUUUAAUGAUCUUUUCAAAAAGUAUCUAGAAUAUACAAUUUAAAAUGCAUAUAUAUAUAUAUAUAUAUAUAUAUAUAUUAAUUUUAAAUUGUAUAUAAUUUCUACUUACUAAAGAAAGUAGAAAUUUAUGUUCAAGAUAUCUUGUGAACAGAACAAAACAUAGUUAACCUAAAUAAAAGUCUACUGCCUAUAGAGAUAUUAAUAAUUAUAUAUAUAUACACACACACAUAUAUACAUAUAUAUGUUAUUAUAUUUUGAGGUCAUAUUGAUCUUUUUAAGACCUUUGUAUUUUAAACUGUCAUAUUGAUCUUUUUAAAACCUAUUAUCAUAGUUGGACCCAAUAUCAAGUUGAUUUAUAUUUUAGAUAUAAAUCGGUUUAUAUAGCUAUAUACUAGGUGGAGUAGGUAUACAAUUUGCAUUUGUGUAUAAGGACAUUUGUUAAUUAGAUGCACAACUGAUUAUUAAUAAUAAUAAUUUAAAAAGUAAUAUAUUACAAGGCAGAAUCAAUUGUAUAAAAUAGUUACCAAUUUGAAUGAUGUUCCUAUACAUGAUUGUAUGUAUUGUGGAACAUGCAAGAUAUAUUUGUGUGUACAUCAAUUAAAAAGAUUACAAACAAGUUGAUAUGGAGUCAUGAAAUAAACUUACUUCACAAAUUA